CAUUAUCGCAGCCGGCAGCUCGCUCUUUCGCCUCAUUUUCUUCGAUCCCCAAAUCCACAGGUCAACCAUGCCGCCGCAGCCGCGCGAGCUCUCGGACGACCUCCUCGGCGAGGCAUUCCUCCGCCUCCCGCCGGACGACCCCGCGUGCCUUCUCCGCGCCUCCCUCACCUGCAAGCGCUGGCGCCGCAUCCUCGCCGACCCGGCCUUCCGCCGCCGCCACCGGGAGCUCCACGGGACGCCAUCAGUCCUGGGGUUCCUCCGCAUCUCCUCCGGAUACUACGCGUCCCGCUUCGUCCCCAACAACCCCGCCGCCUCCGGCCGCCCCGCCGCCCGCGACCUCCCGGGGCGGGUCGUGCUCGACUGCCGCCACGGCCGCGUCCUCUUCCGCGCGCCGAGCCCACUCCUCGGCAGGAAACUAAACUACGACCUCGUCGUCUGGGACCCGUUGACGAACGAGCAGCGCUGCCUGCCCCGCCUCUCGCCGCCACUCACGGACGUAUCCCGCGGCCACUUCAACGCCGCCGUGCUCUGCUCCGCCGCUGUGGAAGAAGGCUGUGACCACAGCAUAUGCCACGGCGGCCCCUUCCGCGUGGCCUUCAUCUGGAGUCAAGCCAGACAAUUGCAUGCUCGUUUGUACUCCUCGGAGACGGAGAAUUGGAGUGAGGCCAUCUCUGUUCAGAAGCCCCCUCGGAAUCCAGUGAGGUUGUGUCUCCGCAUGUUGCUAUGCAGCAAAACUCUUGUGGGAGACACUCUCUAUUUCCACUACAGCUCGGACUAUGCCUUGGAGUACCAGCUUGGUGCACAGAGCUUAUCGAUCAUCCACGGACCUCCACGGCCGGGGUCCCAAAUUUCAGCCUUUUUCGUGAUGCCCAUGGGGGGCGGUGGGCUGGGAUGCAUGGACGUCGAGGAGGACGAAUCAAGCCUCCGUCUACAGCUAUGGUCAAGGGAAGCAGCUUCAGGCAGUGAUGGAGUUGCGAGAUGGACAAGGGGCAGAGCCAUAGAUCUUGAGGAACUCCUGCCUAAUGGUGCUCUACCAUCUCCACGGUGGGCACCUGAUCUUCGUUCCCGGUUAACGAGUGUACAAUUGCUCGGCUUUGCGGAGGGCACCGAUGUCAUCUUUGUGGGCACACGGGCGCAUGCGCGUAACCACCCUGGUGGUAUCUAUAUGGUCCAACUCAAUUCAGGGAGGGCUAGGAAGGUUUCAGCGUUUGACACUGCACCCAUUCCUUUUUAUAAUGAGAUGGUCGUUCCUUAUACAAGCUUCUGCAUUCCAGUAACUGAUGCCUCUUCUACAACCGAGGUGCCAGGAGAUAAUGCUUCAGGUGCAUGAAAAUCUCAAGCUGCUUGUGCAUGGGCUUCUGAAUCAACCAAGAAACGUUUCAUGAUGUUUGCAAGUUGUAUUCCUGUGUUUAUGCAGUGGGAUGAGCUUUUUGGACAUGUCAGUUCAUUUUUCUGUGAGACAACCGUUUGGGACUCACUGAUUUUCUGGUGAUAAAACUAUUUAAAUUCAUAGCAUCCUGCAUUGCGAUUGUCUCUUUUCUUGCCUUUUGGUCAACUGUGAAUUUAGUUGUGUUGCAGCAGUGAUUUGAGGGCUGCAUCAGUUAUCUGAAUACAUGAGCAGGUACUGGAAUCUGAGUUGGACACUUAGUGCACGACUUGUGAUUUCUUCCCACCUUGCUGUAGGCAGUCAAAACGAUCUGAUGGAUAUACAGGCAAUACAGGUGUAUCUACCUGAGUUGGUUGCCCUUGACGUCAGUUGAGCAUCUGUAGUUUUAUGUCCCAUGGUUGAUCCCAAUAAGAAAAACACUUCAACUGAGAGUGCAUUCAA